ACUACCGUAGUAUUGUCGAGUGCGAGUGUUUUUACAUUAAUUUUUAUCGUAUAUUUUGUUUAUAAUUAACCUGAGUGAUAGCUUAAAGUAAAUCAUUUCGGUUUGUGCAAGAUAUAUUUUUGUUAAGAUCAUUUAGUUCAGUUCCUGGCCACCUGAAAGUCAUGGCAACCAACGGCUUUGCUGAUCACCAUGAUGAGUAUCAGUAUCUUAAGCUUGUAAAGCAAAUUAUAGACACAGGUGACAAAAGAGUAGACAGAACUGGUGUCGGCACUUUGUCCAUUUUCGGGGCAAUGCAAAGAUAUUCUCUUAGAAACAAUACUUUGCCUCUUUUGACAACGAAGCGCGUUUUUACUAGAGGAGUUCUUGAGGAACUGUUAUGGAUGAUCUCCGGGUCAACUGAUGCUAAGGUCUUAGCCUCCAAAGGUGUUCAUAUUUGGGAUGCUAAUGGCUCAAGGGCUUUUCUUGAUAAUUUGGGAUUUACAGACAGAGAAGAAGGUGACCUGGGUCCAGUAUAUGGAUUUCAAUGGAGACACAGUGGUGCUCAAUAUGUUAAUGCUAAAACUGAUUACAGUGGACAAGGAAUUGACCAGCUCCAAAACAUAAUUGACAGUAUAAAAAAAAAUCCUGCAGACAGAAGGAUGCUGAUGUGUGCUUGGAAUCCUUCAGACUUGGGUAAAAUGGCUCUCCCGCCGUGCCACUGCUUAGCCCAGUUCCAUGUGGCCAGUGGCCGACUAUCAUGCCUCCUGUACCAGAGAAGUGCCGACAUGGGCCUUGGUGUUCCCUUCAACAUCGCCAGCUAUGCCUUUUUGACCCAUAUGAUUGCUCAUAUAACAGGGCUAGAGGCUGGAGAAUUUGUCCACACAACUGGUGACACUCACGUUUACCUCAACCACAUAGAGCCUCUUAAACUGCAACUGGAAAGACAACCCAGACCUUUUCCAACAUUGGAGUUUGCACGCAAAGUAGAUUCCAUCAACGACUUUAAAUUUGAGGACUUCAUAAUUAAAGAUUAUAAUCCACAUCCUAAGAUUGAUAUGCAGAUGGCAGUUUAAGGAGUCAUAUUUAUGAAAUAAUUUAUAAAGACUACAUAUUAUAACCAUAAGU